AUGCCUCCUGUUGCUGUUUCGCCUGUCUCCCCACCUUCACCCACCCUUGACAAUACUUCCAAGUUGACCAAGGCUGGCACAGCCGCGAUACUCGAGAAGACUGUCUCCAAUGGGCUUCAAGUUGCAGACCUCGACGCUUCCAAACUGACCAUUACCCGGAAUCUGAAUCCCAAGCAUGUGCCCGCUCCCAACUCGGCGGAAGUCUGGUCGCAGAACUGCACAACAGACCACAUGCUUACCGCUCGCUGGACAGAGAAAGCUGGGUGGGAAGCACCUGAGAUCCGACCUUAUGGGCCCCUGUCCAUCAUGCCGACUGCCUCUGUCCUGCAUUACGCGACCGAAUGCUUUGAAGGAAUGAAGGCAUACAGAGGUGUGGACGGCAAGGUUCGUUUAUUCAGGGCGGACCGCAACGCAAAGCGAUUCUUGCAGUCAGCGGCUCGAAUUUCGUUGCCCAGCUUCCCGCCCGAGGAGUUUGUCAAGCUAUUGAAGAAAUUUGUUGGCGUCGAGGCAGCAAAGUGGAUUGCUGAGCCAGAAUCGUUCAUUUACAUUCGACCUACGAUGAUAGCAACGGCACCUGCUCUCGGCGUGCAAAGACCCAAGGAGGCAUUGAUGUAUAUUAUCAUGGUCAUGUUCCCGUCUUUGGACGACCCGAGUUGCAAACCCCCGUCAGUCCCUACCCCACUCAACGCUGCUUUCAGCGCUGGUACCCAGCCCGAGUCAAAACAUGUAGCAGCCUCAAAAGGUAUGCGCCUCCUCGCUUCCCGACAUGACAUGAUCCGAGCCUGGCCGGGCGGGUUUGGAAACGCGAAAGUCGGAGCAAACUAUGGACCCUCGCUCGUCGCGCAGGGAGAAGCGCGCGCCAGAGGCUACGAUCAGAUUCUAUGGUUGUUUGGGAAUGAGUGCUUCGUUACCGAAGCCGGUGGUUCUAACUUCUUCGUACUGUGGGAGAACAAGCAAACCGGACGGAGGGAGUUGAUUACAGCCCCGUUGGGAGACGGGGUCAUCCUGGAAGGCGUUACGCGCGCGUCCGUGUUGGAACUUGUCAGGUCUGGCGCGGUCGGUGGCGGUGAUGUGGAUGUCAUCGAGAGGAAGUUCACCAUGCAUGAACUCAUCGAUGCCCAGACGGAAGGCCGACUCAUCGAGGCGUUUGGAGCGGGAACAGCCUUUUUCAUUGCCCCCGUGCAGGAUAUCCAUUUCCGAGGCACAGAUCUUGUUCUGCCCCUGGGACAAGAGGGCCAAGACGGUGCAGAUGCCGAUGGAGCCAGCUUUGCUCUAGCUGUCAAGAAGGCCCUGAAGGACGUCAUGUAUGGGCGCCGUGAGCAUGAGUGGGGCAUUGUGGUCGAGGAAGAGAAGGAAGACGCUUACGAAUGA